AUGGCGAACUCCACAGACCGCCCCGAAACUGGCGACAUGAAUCAACACGCGGCCCAGAAACAUACUCUGGGUAUUCCACGGCCUCCCUCAGUGGGAGGAAUCUCCUCGCGAGUGACAGAUAUGACCUCUGAAGACGGCGAGAACUCACAAUCCUUUACAUCACCACCGCCGCCCCUCCAGCAGCAACGUCCUUCGGCCUCUCGGCGUGGUCCACCUCCCACCAGAAACUCAGUGACAAGCAGACCAGGAAGCUCGGGCAGCCGACUGAGCAGGACACACAUUCCCUCUUUAACUGCCUCGGCAUUUUUCCGUCCGAUGAGUUCACAACGACUACAGGCGCACCGAGGUACUAGACCCAUGACCAAAGGAACGGUGUCAUCGACCGACGAGUGGAGAGACCACACGAGUCAAAAUAGAAGUAGCCUGAUUUCAAACAGCACCUAUCAACCGGCAUCGCUUUCUCCGGUAGAUAUGGAGCCCCCACCCUCGCGGGGUACAGAGUUUACAGAUCCGAUUAUCCCUGAUCGAAAUACCUCAAAUGCUAGCCCCAUAGGCAAUACAACAAUUCGAAGCCUUGGCGAGAGCGUGCGACUUCUACGAGACCGAGAUCAGCAUGGCAAAAAGCGUCCGGAACACUUGAAUCUGGACGUGAACUACAGUAUACACAAUCCACAAGACGUGCCUCCAAAGUCAUCACUCUCCUUCUUGUCAUUGCAGAACAAGGGACCUGCUCAAAGCGGACAUGAUCCCCGUGGCCAUUCACGUCUUUCAUCCGCUGGGUCUUCUCCCGGACCUGCAGAUAUCAAGAAGCAACAAUUGCCAAGGGGUAACAUAGGCAAGAAUUACGAGUAUUUUGUUGGCAACACGUUUUUCUGUGGCGGUGGUCGACUCCAGAACUCAAGAGACAAACCUAUCAAUAUUCUUACGGGAUUUCUGUUAGUUGUUCCAUCGGCCCUGUUCUUUGGGUUCUCAGCUCCUUGGCUAUGGCACAACAUCUCUCCCGCCAUACCCGUCGUUUUUGCAUAUGUUUUCUAUGUCUGCUUUUCUUCUUUUGUACAUGCAUCCGUUGUUGACCCUGGUAUCAUGCCUCGAAACGUCCAUCCUAUGCCCACGACAAAUCCAACGAUUGAUCCAUUAGCUCUUGGACCACCAACGAAUGAUUGGGUUAUGGUGAAGCUUGCCACCUCGGAGUCUGCAGCUAUGGAUGUUCCUGUGAAGUACUGCAAGACCUGCAGUAUUUGGAGGCCACCUCGGUGCUACCACUGCCGUGUUUGUGAUAACUGUGUGGAGACACUCGAUCACCACUGUGUUUGGCUGAACAACUGUGUUGGUCGUCGCAACUACCGUUAUUUCUUCGCUUUUGUCAGCUGGGGCACCUUACUGGGUCUGUUCCUGCUCGGUGCGAGCUUGGCACACAUUCUGGUCUACAUGUCGCGUGAGAAUAUUUCCUUCGGGGCUUCAAUUUCGAAAUGGCGAGUACCCUUUGCAAUGUUCAUUUAUGCUGCCAUUGCCACACCUUACCCAUUAUCACUCUGGAUCUAUCACCUGUUUCUGACCGGUCGGGGUGAAACUACCCGAGAGUACCUCAACUCCCACAAGUUUGCCAAGGCAGAUCGCCAUCGGCCAUUCACCCAAGGCAAUGUUCUCACAAACUGGAUAUCCAUCCUAGGACGGCCUCGUCCUCCUUCUUACAUGCAAUUUAAGCAGCCAUAUGAAGAGGGUGACCAGCGCUAUGCCAUGCAAAAGCGAAAAUACCUCGUCCACCGUGAUAUUGAGUCUCAGUCGGCGAUUGAGAUGCAAGAGGUUGGUCCCCAUCAAUAG